AUGGCGUUAACAAGGAUGAGCAAAAACCUUCUUGUGAAACCAUAUUUUCAUUUUCCAACCCAAAAUCCCAUCUCUGUCAAAACAUUAUCCGCAAGCGCAUGCUCAGAUUCUGUUUCUAGCUCAGCGGACCAAGAAUCAGAUUGUUUGGAAUCCCAAAUCAGAGCUUUAAGUCGGAACCCUAUCUCCAUUGCCGAUUUGAAGAAAGCUUUCUCACUGUAUGAGCAAUCUUUCAAUACGGGCCUCCGUCCUUCGGGACCCACGGGCGAAGUUCUCUUGCAAAACCUUGCCAAGAUGAAAGAGUAUGAGAUGGCUUUUACUGUUUACAAGAAAAUGACAAGUGCUGGGGCUUUGCCCCAAUUUAUGUCGUUGUCCGCUUUGGUUGAAUGCUUGGUCCAUUUUUCUGUGCCUGAGUUGGCUCUGUCAGCUGUUGGUUUGAUUGUGAAGCGCGGAUAUGUCGUCAAAGCAUACAUCGGGAAUAUCUUGAUAAAGGGAUUCUGCCGGGUGAGGAAAUUAGGCGAUGCCUUGAGUGUAAAGAAAAGAAUGGAAUGUUCGAAUAUAGCUCCUGAUUUUGUCACAUACAAUAUUCUGAUGGGAGCCCAUUUUGCAGAAGGUCGUGUGGACGAGGCCACUGGAUUAUUUGAGGAGAUGAGAGAAAAAGGUUUGGAACCUAAAAUUUCUUCAUAUUGCAUUCUUAUAAAUGGCUUUUGUAACAAUGGGGAUGUCGAUCGAGCGAAUGAGGUUUUUGAUGAGAUGUUGGGUGAAGGAAUUUCUCCAAACUUGCUCAUAUAUUCCUGCUUAAUGCGCGGGCACUGCCAAAAGGGUAACCUGAAAGAAGCCAAACGGUUGUUCAAUGAUAUGGUCAGAAGUGGAAUACGUCCUGACGUUGUCACAUUCACAGGCAUGAUAGAUGCUCUCUGCAAGCGCAAAAAACCCGAGAAAGCCUUGGAGCUUUUCAAUUUCAUGAUCGAAAAGGGAGAAGAACCCAAUAUUGUAACGUACAAUGUUCUGAUCAACGGAUUAUGCAAGGCAGAGCUUUUGGACGAUGCUUUCAAGAUUCUCGAAAUUAUGGUCAAGAAAGGCAAGAAACCCGAUCUCGUGACAUACAAUACUGUUCUGGGCGGCCUCUGUGAACUUGGAAAAGUCGAUGUUGCCGUGAAGCUUUUCAACUCGAUGACAUCGGAUGACAGCUGUGCGGGUCCCGAUUCGUGGACUGUAUCUAAGCUGGUUCAUGGCCUCUGCAGAGAAGGCCAUCUGAGAAAGGCCGAACAACUCAGCCGUAAGAUGGCCAAACAGAGGAAAAUCGACGUGGCCCCGUAUUCUGUGCUUAUUGGAGCUUAUCUGAAGGAAAGCAAUGUCAAGAAAGCGAUGAGGCUAUGGAGAGAGUUAGUCCUGCUUGGGUUGACCCCCGAUUCACAAAUGUACAGUGCUUUCAUAAACGGGCUCUGCAAAUGUAACCUUUUAAGCAUUGCAAAAGGAAUCUUUAUUAAAAUGAAAAUAAACGGGCCAAAUCCUACUUCGUUUUGUUAUAACACGUUGAUGGCUGCACUGUGCGGUGAGUGUAGCUUGGAGCAAGCAAGAGCGUUGUUUAAGGACAUGCUUGAAAGUGGGUGUAGUCCUGAUGUAGUCUCGUACAAUAUCAUGAUAAACUCUACCAUAAGGGCUGGGGAUAUUCAAUCGGCUAAUAAGAUGCUCGUCGAUAUGCAGCAGAGGGGAUUGCAUCCGGAUAUCUUGACUUUUUCGGUUCUCAUCAACAGGUUUUCGAAGUUGGGGCUAAUGGAGGAGGCUAAGAGUUUGUUUCAGAGAAUGAAGUCGUGUGGUUUUGCGCCGGAUGUCUUUGUUUUGGAUUCUCUGCUCAAAGGGUUCAAGGCCUUGGGCAAAAUGGACGAAAUAAUCGACUUGCUUCAUGAGAUGGCGAAAUUGGGGGUCGAGCUUGAUGAUGAGCUGACCUCGACUAUUUUGACUUGUUUGUGUGAUAUGCCGGAAGGUCAUGAUGUAGCUAAGAUUCUGCCGAGUUUUACGCAGGAGGGAAUUAAAGGGAGUAGCAUCUCGUGUGAUGAACUGUUGACGAGGCUCCAGAGUGUUAUGCCCGGGCUUAAGACUUCUUCAGUGCAGCUGUAG